AUGGCGGCGGCGGCGGCGGCGGAGGGCGCCGGCAGGGAUGCGGGUCCCGCGCCGGGCGCCCGCAGCCCCAGCCCGUCGCCUGCAGGAGACGGCGAGGAAGCGGCGGGCGAGAAGAACCCGGGGCAGAAAGGAGCGGAGGCCGCGGGGGACAGCGAGGAGGACGGGGAGGAUGUGUUCGAGGUGGAGAAGAUCCUGGACAUGAAGACCGAGGGGGGUAAAAUCCUUUACAAAGUUCGGUGGAAAGGAUACACCUCAGAUGAUGAUACCUGGGAGCCUGAGGUUCAUCUUGAAGACUGUAAAGAAGUUCUUCUUGAAUUUAGGAAUAAAAUUGUGGAUAACAAAGCUAAACCAGUCAAGAAAGAUAUUCAGAGAUUAUCUUUAAAUAAUGACAUAUUUGAGGCAAACUCUGAUAGUGAUCAGCAAAGUGAGACAAAAGAAGAUACUUCUCCAAAAAAGAAAAAGAAAAAAUUAAGGCAGAGAGAAGAGAAAAGUCCAGAUGAUCUGAAGAAGAAAAAAGCAAAGCCUGGGAAACUAAAAGAGAAAUCUAAACCAGACUUGGAGAACUCUGAAAUUUCAUUUUUUGAUUUAAGGACAAAGAAAAGAAUUUUUGAAGCCAAAGAAGAAUUAAAGGAAUCCAAAAAGCUCAAAAAAGAUGAUAUAAAAGAAACUAAGGAACUAAAGAAAGUUAAAAAGGCUGAAAUAAGAGAUUUAAAGAUUAAAAUAAAAGAAGAUUUCAAAGAAAACAGAAAAACAAGAAAAGAGAAAUGUGUUGAAUCUCAGUUGGACUCUGAAUCAGAUGUACUUAAUGAUCUCUCCUUUCAGGAGGGGGACAGUGAAGAUUUACAGUCUGACAACAGAGAAGAGAAACUAAAGAUUAAAAGUGGAAAAGACAAAGCAGGGCUAGAUGCAGCUCAAGAUGCUGUUCUAGACAAGCUCCUGGACAGCUCCGGAAGUGCUGAUGAAGAUGCUGACGUCAGAGGAAGGAGAAACAAAAAGAAACCCAGAAAGGCUGAGGAACUUAAAGAGAGCAAAAAGCUAGAAAACAAGAACCUUUCUUUAGACAAGAAAAAUGCACAUAAAAAGCUGAGGAAUCAAGACAAAAGCAGAAGUAUUACUGAGUCCGAUAACCUGACAUCGGGGCUGGCCCAGACACACAGGAGCUCCAGGGCGGGAGGGGAAGAGCGAGGCCUUCGGUCCACCGACUCUGCUGGAGAAGAGAAAGAGACCAAAAAAAACGAACCCAAAGAAAAAUAUCAAAAAAGACAUGAUUUGGACAAGGAAGGCCGCAGAGAGCCAAAGGGAUUAAACACACUUAAGGACAUCAGAAAUGCAUUUGAUUUAUUUAAAUUAAUUCCAGAAGGAAAAAAUGAUUUUCCUGAGAAUAAUCAGAAAAGAGAAGAAACACUACUGGAUUGUAAUUUUGCAGAAGAUCACAAAGCCAGGGAAAGCAAUCAGGUACUUAAAGAAAGGAGAAAUACAAGAGAGGAGGCUGACAGCUGGGCAUAUAUAGCUGCAGAAGGUGAUCAGGAUGUUCUAGACGGUAUGUGCCCAGCCGACGAGAAUACUGAUGGCAGACAGCAGAUUUUGAGUCUGGGCAUGGACCUGCAGCUGGAAUGGAUGAAACUAGAAGAUUUUCAAAAGCAUCUUGAUGGGGAAGAUGAGAACUUUUCUGUAACAGAUGCUGUUUCAACUAAUUUAUUGAGAGAUGCUGUAAAAAAUGGGGAUUAUAUUACUGUGAAGGUUGCACUUAAUUCAAAUGAAGAAUAUAACUUGGACCAAGAGGAUUCAAGUGGGAUGACACUGGUGAUGCUGGCUGCAGCUGGAGGUCAGGAUGACCUAUUGAGGCUCCUCAUCAGAAAGGGAGCUGGCGUGAACGGCAGACAGAGGAAUGGGACCACCGCGCUCAUUCAUGCAGCUGAAAAGAACUUUUUAACCACAGUGGCUAUUCUUUUGGAAGCAGGAGCUUUUGUAAAUGUCCAGCAGAGCAGUGGUGAAACCGCUUUAAUGAAGGCCUGUAAAAGGGGAAAUUUGGAUAUUGUACGACUUGUAAUUGAAUGUGGAGCUGACUGUAAUAUUUUGUCAAAGCACCAAAAUAGUGCAAUGUAUUUUGCAAAGCAGUGUAACAACGUGUUGGUGUACGACUUGCUGAAGAAUCAUUUAGACACACUUUCAAGAGUAGCAGAAGAAACCAUAAAGGAUUACUUUGAAGCACGCCUUGCACUUCUAGAACCAAUUUUUCCAAUAGCAUGUCAUCGUCUCUGUGAGGGGCCAGAUUUUUCAAUGGAUUUCAAUUAUAAACCUCCACAGAACAUAACAGAAGGCUCCGGCAUCCUGCUGUUCAUUUUCCAUGCGAAUUUUUUGGGUAAAGAUGUUAUUGCUCGACUCUGUGGCCCAUGUAGUGUACAAGCUGUAAUUUUAAAUGAUAAAUUUCAACUUCCUGUUUUUCUGGAUAGUCAUUUUGUUUACUCAUUCAGCCCUGUUGCAGGCUUCAAUAAACUCUUUAUAAGGUUGACAGAAGCACCCUCUGCUAAGGUGAAAUUGCUAAUAGGUGCGUACAGAGUGCAGCUGCAAUGA